CCAUCACAAAUAGCAUAAACACACACCAAAAUGACUUUCCUAAAAGCCCUUCCAAUCUUCACGUUCCUCUUGUUUACCUUAGCCCAUGGAGCCACCUUUGAUGUAACCAACAACUGCGGCUACCCCGUCUGGGCCGCUGGCGUGCCCGGCGGUGGAAAACUUCUGAACACUGGCGAAAAAUGGACCAUCACAGCCAACCGUGGCCAGACCGGAGCCCGAAUUUGGGGUCGAACCAAUUGCCAAUUCGACGCAUCCGGAAGAGGCAGUUGUGAGACUGGUGACUGCAAUGGGAUGCUUGAAUGCCAAGGCUAUGGUAAAGCCCCCAACACCCUCGUUGAAUAUUCACUCACAGACCAGGACUUCAUUGAUAUGUCAGUAAUUGAUGGGUUCAAUAUUCCUAUGGAGUUCAGUGCGGUUGCUGGCGGUUCAUGUACUCGUGUGAUUAAAUGUAAUGCGGACAUUAUUGGACAAUGUCCUAAUGAAUUGAAGGUUCCCGGAGGCUGUAACGGGCCGUGUCCGGUGUUUGGGACAGAGGAGUAUUGUUGCAAUAAUUCAGGCAAUUCAUGUGCUCCUACAGCUUUGUCUAGGUUCUUCAAGGAGAGGUGCCCUGAUGUAUAUAGUUUUCCUAAAGAUGAUCCAACUAGUUUGUUCACUUGUGCUUCUGGGACCAACUACAAUGUCAUUUUCUGUCCAGCUUGAAGCCACUUUGCACCGUUGAUGAUAUAUAUAUAUAUAUAUAUAUAUAGUUGUUGUAUGCAAUAAGAGCCUUAUUAUAAGGCCUGGUUCCUGCACAUGUAGAAAUGUGCAGGCAUACUGUUAUGUGCAAUGAGAAUGAAAAUAAAAAUUAUACACUACUGUUCUGCACAUUUUUCAUUCCUA